GGCUUCUCAGAUGCUUUAGGAUAUCUUCAAGGAAAUCAACUCUUUACAUAAACUGAGAAUUCAGACAUUCUAAGUAAGGAUCUUCAAAUCAUUUAGGAAAAUGGUGGCCCUGUCCUUAAAGAUUUGUGUCCGCCACUGCAAUGUGGUGAAGACCAUGCAGUUUGAACCAUCUACAGCCGUGUACGAUGCAUGUCGAGUCAUUAGGGAACGGGUACCGGAGGCACAAACUGGCCAAGCUUCUGAUUAUGGGCUAUUUCUCUCGGAUGAAGACCCCAGGAAAGGAAUUUGGCUGGAAGCAGGCAGAACACUGGAUUACUACAUGUUGCGAAAUGGGGAUAUUUUGGAAUACAAGAAGAAACAGAGACCUCAGAAAAUCCGGAUGCUGGAUGGAUCCGUGAAAACAGUGAUGGUGGAUGACUCCAAGACCGUUGGGGAACUCCUGGUUACUAUUUGCAGCAGGAUAGGAAUAACAAACUAUGAAGAGUACUCUUUAAUCCAAGAAACGAUUGAAGAAAAGAAAGAGGAAGGGACAGGGACACUAAAAAAAGACAGGACUCUAUUGCGAGACGAGAGGAAGAUGGAGAAGCUGAAGGCCAAGCUUCACACGGAUGAUGACUUAAAUUGGCUGGAUCACAGCCGAACAUUCAGAGAACAAGGAGUAGAUGAACACGAGACAUUGCUACUUAGACGGAAGUUUUUCUACUCUGAUCAGAAUGUGGACUCAAGAGACCCCGUGCAGCUGAAUUUACUUUAUGUUCAGGCUCGGGAUGAUAUCCUGAAUGGCUCCCAUCCUGUCUCCUUUGAAAAAGCUUGUGAGUUUGGAGGAUUUCAAGCCCAGAUACAAUUUGGACCUCAUGUGGAACAUAAACACAAACCGGGAUUCUUAGAUCUAAAGGAAUUCCUGCCCAAAGAAUACAUCAAGCAGAGAGGAGCUGAAAAGAGAAUAUUUCAGGAGCAUAAGAACUGUGGAGAGAUGAGCGAAAUAGAAGCCAAGGUCAAGUAUGUCAAACUUGCCCGAUCCCUCCGGACGUAUGGUGUGUCCUUUUUUCUGGUGAAGGAAAAGAUGAAAGGCAAGAACAAGCUGGUGCCUCGCCUGCUGGGCAUCACCAAGGACUCAGUGAUGCGUGUGGAUGAGAAGACCAAGGAAGUGCUGCAGGAGUGGCCACUUACCACGGUUAAGCGCUGGGCAGCCUCACCCAAAAGCUUCACCCUGGAUUUUGGGGAGUAUCAGGAAAGCUACUAUUCAGUCCAAACCACUGAAGGAGAGCAGAUAUCCCAGCUGAUUGCAGGCUACAUUGACAUCAUCCUCAAAAAGAAACAAAGUAAAGACAGAUUUGGAUUAGAGGGGGAUGAGGAGUCGACUAUGCUGGAAGAGUCCGUUUCCCCGAAAAAGUCUACCAUCUUGCAGCAGCAGUUCAAUCGGACUGGGAAGGUGGAGCACGGCUCUGUGGCACUGCCCGCCGUGAUGCGCUCAGGCUCCAGCGGGCCCGAGACCUUCAACGUGGGCAGCAUGCCCUCACCACAGCAGCAGGUCAUGGUUGGGCAGAUGCACCGAGGGCACAUGCCCCCGCUGACCUCGGCCCAGCAGGCCCUCAUGGGGACCAUCAACACAAGCAUGCACGCUGUCCAGCAGGCCCAGGACGACCUCAGCGAGCUGGAUUCACUGCCACCCCUCGGCCAGGAUAUGGCGUCACGGGUGUGGGUUCAGAAUAAAGUCGACGAGUCCAAACACGAAAUCCACUCUCAGGUCGAUGCGAUCACAGCUGGAACAGCUUCAGUAGUUAACCUCACUGCUGGUGACCCUGCAGACACCGACUACACAGCAGUGGGAUGUGCAAUCACCACCAUUUCUUCCAACCUGACGGAGAUGUCCAAGGGCGUGAAGCUCUUGGCGGCUCUGAUGGACGAUGAGGUGGGCAGUGGGGAGGACUUGCUCAGAGCUGCAAGGACCCUCGCGGGGGCAGUGUCGGACUUGCUGAAAGCUGUGCAGCCUACUUCUGGAGAGCCUCGACAGACAGUUUUGACUGCUGCUGGAAGCAUUGGACAAGCCAGUGGGGAUCUUCUGAGGCAGAUCGGAGAGAAUGAGACUGAUGAGCGAUUCCAGGAUGUUUUAAUGAGUUUGGCCAAAGCUGUGGCCAAUGCUGCUGCCAUGUUGGUAUUAAAGGCGAAGAAUGUUGCCCAAGUAGCUGAAGACACAGUGCUACAGAACAGGGUGAUUGCUGCAGCCACCCAGUGUGCCCUCUCUACCUCCCAGCUUGUGGCGUGUGCCAAGGUGGUGAGCCCCACCAUCAGCUCCCCCGUGUGCCAGGAGCAGCUGAUUGAAGCGGGCAAGCUCGUGGACCGCUCAGUGGAGAACUGUGUCCGUGCCUGCCAGGCAGCCACCGACGACAGCGAGCUCCUGAAGCAGGUCAGCGCAGCGGCCAGCGUGGUCAGCCAGGCCCUGCACGAUCUCCUGCAGCAUGUGCGACAGUUUGCCAGCCGAGGCGAGCCCAUCGGCCGCUACGACCAGGCCACCGACACCAUCAUGUGUGUCACCGAGAGCAUCUUCAGCUCCAUGGGCGAUGCCGGUGAAAUGGUGCGCCAGGCCCGAGUCCUGGCCCAGGCGACCUCAGACCUCGUCAACGCCAUGAGGUCGGAUGCAGAAGCUGAAAUCGACAUGGAGAACUCAAAGAAGCUCCUGGCAGCCGCGAAACUCCUGGCCGACUCCACAGCUCGCAUGGUGGAAGCUGCCAAGGGGGCUGCAGCCAAUCCUGAGAAUGAAGACCAGCAGCAGAGACUGAGAGAAGCUGCGGAAGGCCUCCGGGUAGCAACAAACGCCGCCGCCCAGAACGCCAUCAAGAAAAAAAUUGUCAACCGAUUGGAGGUGGCAGCCAAGCAGGCUGCGGCCGCCGCCACGCAGACCAUCGCCGCCUCCCAGAACGCGGCCGUGUCCAACAAGAACCCCGCCGCCCAGCAGCAGCUGGUUCAGAGCUGCAAGGCAGUGGCCGAUCACAUCCCUCAGCUGGUCCAGGGGGUGAGAGGGAGCCAAGCCCAAGCAGAAGACCUUAGCGCCCAGCUGGCUCUCAUCAUCUCCAGCCAGAACUUCCUCCAGCCUGGAAGCAAGAUGGUGUCCUCUGCCAAAGCCGCAGUGCCCACCGUGAGUGACCAGGCUGCAGCUAUGCAGCUGAGCCAGUGUGCCAAGAACCUUGCCACCAGCUUGGCGGAGCUGCGUACUGCCUCGCAGAAGGCCCAUGAAGCCUGUGGCCCUAUGGAAAUCGAUUCAGCUCUGAGCACCGUGCAGACACUCAAGAAUGAACUGCAGGACGCCAAGAUGGCAGCUGUGGAGAGUCAGCUGAAACCACUUCCGGGGGAGACGCUGGAAAAAUGCGCUCAAGACCUAGGAAGUACAUCCAAGGCAGUGGGCUCAUCCAUGGCACAGCUCCUAACCUGUGCUGCUCAAGGCAAUGAGCACUACACAGGGGUGGCUGCCAGAGAGACAGCCCAAGCUCUGAAAACGCUGGCCCAGGCUGCCCGUGGGGUGGCCGCAUCCACGAGCGACCCUGCAGCUGCGCAUGCCAUGUUAGAUUCUGCUCGAGACGUCAUGGAAGGCUCCGCCAUGCUCAUCCAAGAAGCGAAGCAGGCCCUGAUUGCACCUGGGGAUGCUGAGAGUCAGCAGAGACUGGCCCAGGUGGCCAAAGCCGUCUCACACUCCUUGAAUAACUGCGUGAAUUGUCUCCCGGGGCAGAAGGAUGUGGAUGUGGCCUUGAAGAGCAUUGGCGAGUCCAGCAAGAAGCUGCUUGUGGACUCGUUACCUCCGAGCACAAAGCCUUUCCAGGAAGCCCAGAGUGAGCUGAACCAAGCCGCGGCUGAUCUGAACCAGUCUGCCGGGGAAGUGGUCCAUGCCACCCGGGGCCAGAGCGGAGAACUCGCCGCAGCCUCUGGCAAGUUCAGUGAUGAUUUCGAUGAAUUUCUCGAUGCUGGCAUUGAGAUGGCGGGCCAAGCUCAGACGAAAGAAGACCAGAUCCAAGUGAUAGGCAACCUCAAGAAUAUCUCUAUGGCAUCCAGCAAGCUGUUGUUAGCUGCCAAGUCUCUCUCGGUGGAUCCAGGAGCCCCCAAUGCAAAAAAUCUCCUGGCAGCUGCUGCAAGAGCUGUGACCGAGAGCAUCAAUCAGCUCAUCACUCUGUGCACCCAGCAAGCUCCAGGCCAGAAAGAAUGUGAUAAUGCCCUACGGGAGCUCGAGACUGUCAAGGGGAUGUUGGACAAUCCUAAUGAACCUGUGAGUGACCUCUCUUACUUUGACUGCAUUGAGAGUGUGAUGGAAAACUCCAAGGUUCUGGGCGAGUCGAUGGCAGGGAUUUCACAGAACGCCAAGACCGGGGACCUCCCUGCAUUUGGGGAGUGUGUGGGGAUUGCGUCCAAGGCCCUCUGUGGGCUGACAGAGGCUGCAGCCCAGGCUGCAUACCUGGUGGGCAUCUCUGAUCCAAAUAGCCAGGCGGGACAUCAGGGCCUCGUGGACCCCAUCCAGUUUGCCAGGGCUAACCAGGCUAUCCAGAUGGCAUGCCAGAACCUGGUGGACCCCGGCAGCAGCCCGUCACAGGUUCUGUCGGCGGCCACAAUUGUCGCCAAGCACACCUCCGCCCUUUGCAAUGCCUGCCGCAUCGCCUCGUCCAAGACGGCCAACCCAGUGGCCAAGAGGCACUUUGUCCAGUCAGCCAAGGAAGUCGCCAACAGCACUGCCAACCUCGUGAAGACCAUCAAGGCCCUGGAUGGGGAUUUCUCCGAAGACAACCGCAAUAAGUGUCGCAUUGCCACCGCACCCUUGAUCGAAGCUGUGGAGAACCUGACAGCAUUCGCAUCCAACCCUGAGUUUGUCAGCGUUCCUGCCCAGAUCAGUUCCGAGGGCUCCCAGGCGCAGGAACCGAUCCUGGUCUCAGCCAAGACCAUGCUGGAGAGUUCGUCAUACCUCAUUCGCACUGCACGCUCACUGGCCAUCAACCCCAAAGACCCGCCCACCUGGUCUGUGCUAGCUGGACACUCCCACACCGUGUCUGACUCAAUCAAGAGUCUCAUCACAUCUAUCAGGGACAAGGCCCCUGGACAGAGAGAGUGUGACUACUCCAUUGAUGGCAUCAACCGAUGCAUCCGGGACAUUGAGCAGGCCUCGCUGGCAGCUGUCAGCCAGAGCUUGGCCACAAGGGAUGACAUCUCUGUGGAGGCCCUGCAGGAGCAGCUAACUUCAGUGGUCCAGGAAAUCGGGCACCUUAUCGAUCCCAUCGCCACAGCGGCGCGGGGAGAAGCAGCUCAGCUGGGACAUAAGGUGACACAGCUGGCAAGCUACUUUGAGCCCCUGAUCUUAGCUGCAGUCGGUGUCGCCUCCAAGAUUCUGGAUCAUCAGCAGCAGAUGACGGUGCUGGACCAGACCAAGACGCUCGCAGAAUCUGCCCUGCAGAUGUUGUAUGCAGCCAAAGAAGGUGGAGGAAACCCCAAGGCCCAGCACACCCACGAUGCCAUCACAGAGGCCGCCCAGCUCAUGAAGGAGGCUGUCGAUGACAUCAUGGUGACACUGAAUGAAGCUGCCAGUGAAGUGGGGCUGGUGGGAGGCAUGGUCGACGCCAUUGCAGAGGCCAUGAGCAAGCUGGAUGAAGGCACUCCUCCAGAACCAAAGGGAACAUUUGUCGACUAUCAGACAACUGUGGUUAAAUAUUCCAAAGCCAUUGCGGUGACAGCUCAGGAAAUGAUGACUAAGUCGGUUACUAACCCGGAGGAGUUGGGAGGACUGGCUUCACAAAUGACCAGUGACUAUGGGCACCUGGCUCUCCAGGGCCAGAUGGCAGCAGCCACAGCGGAGCCAGAGGAGAUCGGCUUCCAGAUUCGCACUCGCGUGCAGGACCUGGGCCAUGGCUGCAUCUUCCUGGUGCAGAAGGCAGGGGCCCUCCAGGUGUGCCCCACGGACAGCUACACCAAGAGGGAGCUCAUCGAGUGUGCCCGCGCAGUCACAGAAAAGGUGUCCUUGGUGCUAUCAGCUCUGCAGGCUGGGAACAAGGGGACCCAGGCAUGCAUCACAGCCGCCACUGCAGUGUCUGGGAUUAUAGCCGACCUGGACACCACCAUCAUGUUUGCCACCGCGGGGACGCUGAAUGCAGAGAACAAUGAGACCUUUGCAGACCACAGGGAGAACAUUCUGAAGACAGCCAAGGCCUUGGUGGAAGACACGAAGCUGCUGGUGUCGGGGGCUGCAUCCACACCAGACAAGCUGGCCCAGGCAGCGCAGUCGUCGGCAGCCACCAUCACCCAGCUCGCUGAGGUGGUCAAGCUGGGGGCCGCCAGCCUGGGCUCUGACGACCCUGAGACACAGGUGGUGUUGAUCAAUGCCAUCAAAGAUGUGGCCAAGGCCCUUUCAGAUCUGAUCGGCGCUACCAAGGGAGCUGCCAGCAAGCCUGCUGAUGACCCCUCCAUGUACCAGCUCAAGGGGGCCGCCAAGGUGAUGGUGACCAAUGUCACCUCCCUCCUCAAGACUGUAAAGGCGGUGGAGGACGAGGCCACCCGGGGCACACGGGCGCUUGAGGCCACAAUCGAGUACAUGAAACAGGAGCUCACGGUGUUCCAGUCCAAAGAGGUACCUGAAAAGACCUCAUCACCUGAAGAAUCGAUAAGGAUGACGAAAGGCAUCACCAUGGCGACAGCCAAAGCCGUGGCCGCAGGGAACUCAUGCAGACAGGAGGACGUGGUCGCCACCGCCAACCUGAGCCGGAAAGCCGUGUCCGAUAUGCUGACGGCUUGUAAGCAAGCAUCCUUCCACCCUGAUGUCAGUGAGGAGGUGCGCACCAGAGCCUUGCGGUACGGGACAGAGUGCACCCUCGGCUACCUGGACCUUCUCGAGCACGUCUUGGUGAUUCUUCAGAAACCAAGCCCGGAACUCAAGCACCAGCUGGCUGCCUUCUCCAAGCGUGUCGCCGGCGCCGUGACAGAGCUCAUCCAGGCUGCAGAAGCCAUGAAAGGAACAGAGUGGGUGGAUCCAGAAGACCCAACCGUCAUUGCAGAAACAGAAUUACUGGGGGCCGCAGCAUCCAUUGAGGCUGCCGCUAAGAAGUUAGAGCAACUGAAGCCAAGAGCAAAACCAAAACAAGCAGACGAGACUCUGGACUUUGAAGAACAGAUUUUGGAAGCUGCUAAAUCCAUUGCUGCUGCCACAAGUGCCCUGGUCAAGUCGGCCUCGGCAGCCCAGAGGGAGCUGGUGGCCCAAGGAAAGGUGGGUUCCAUCCCUGCCAAUGCUGCCGAUGACGGACAGUGGUCCCAGGGGCUGAUUUCUGCCGCCCGGAUGGUGGCAGCUGCAACCAGCAGUCUCUGUGAGGCGGCCAAUGCCUCCGUUCAGGGACAUGCCAGUGAGGAGAAGCUCAUCUCAUCCGCCAAGCAGGUCGCUGCUUCCACGGCCCAACUGCUCGUGGCCUGCAAGGUGAAGGCCGACCAGGAUUCAGAGGCCAUGAGGCGGCUACAGGCAGCAGGAAAUGCUGUGAAAAGAGCCUCAGAUAAUCUUGUUCGUGCAGCCCAGAAAGCAGCAUUUGGCAAAGCUGAUGAUGAUGAUGUUGUAGUGAAAACAAAGUUUGUAGGGGGCAUUGCUCAGAUCAUUGCCGCCCAGGAGGAAAUGUUGAAAAAAGAACGAGAACUGGAAGAAGCAAGGAAAAAACUGGCCCAGAUCCGCCAACAACAGUAUAAAUUCCUACCCACUGAGCUGAGGGAGGACGAAGGAUAAGACCGGAGCCAAGAUGGCGUGCCCCAGGGGAUGGCUCUGCAAGAACUGGACAGACAGUGUUCCUGAGAGGCUGCGCACUCACCUGGAAAACGGCCUGCCUCCCCCCUGGGGCCAACCCAGAGCCCUAAGUGCUCGUUCUCAUGUCUCUGUCCUGUAGGGCACCGGCUGCAUGAUCGCGAUGUCACACGGUACAGUGUCCCACCCACAGCUCCUUCGCCACCUCCCCUCAUGCCUCACCAUAUCUCAGGAGAGAGGGGCGCACGUUUCGUGAACUGUUACCAAAAAAAGAGAAGUCAGUAUUAUGUCGUUCUCAGACACUUUUGCUUUCGUUGGUCCUUCUCUAGGCCCCACUCCUGGGCCUUCUGUGAAACCUUAAGAGGAAAAAAAUAAUGGCUUGGGGAGAAUCACUCAUGUCCUAGAUAUUACUCUCCCUCUCAGGAGAAGAUGGAAGUUGGAGUUGGACACAGUUAAUAAAAGCCGGAAACGUAAACCAGUGUGGACUCCAGGAGGGCAACUCCGGUCCUUCUGUGUCUCAAGCACUGGCUCCCUCAGAGGGUGGAGAAUUCCUGCUCCCAUUUGCACGCUUUCUUGCCUCCAUGUGUAAGCUCCUUGUACAGUCUAGACCCAUCUUAUGUUCUCUGGCCCAGAAAACUGGACGAUUAUUUUUUUCCUCCAUGAUCCAAAGGGCAGAAGUACGGGGGACUGCCAGGGCUUGGUGAGCAGAGGCUGUAAUAAAAUGUGUGGGCUCCUU